AGUUCGACGAUGACACACAGUUGUUACGGAGGCGUACGUGCCGCGACGGCUAUUUUUUUUCCUUGUUUUUCUUUUUUCCUUUUUUUACACUCCCUUCGCCCCGCGUAUCCGUAAUUUCAGUUUCACCCAACGCGGCUCGCAAGGACGAGAACAGCCAGCCGAGUGAGUAAAUUCAGCACGAUCGAUUUUAAAGAACUCGUCAUGGAUAGCCUAUAUCCAAAUCUAUGCGAGAGAUUCAAAAGCGAGGGUUUGUGCCCUAUUUGCCUGAUGGAAAUGGAGCUAGCACCCAGAUACACAUGCGCCAACCAGCACACUAUUUGUUAUCGUUGCAAACCUUAUUACUACAACUGUCCCACGUGUCACUCGCCAUUAAACAUAGAAAUGCCACCUGCAAACACUUUCUCUUCCUCUCUCCCGCUGCCUACUCACUUCCUGCCCCAUCCACUUCCAAGGAACGAUUUUCAAGAACACGAAAAAAACUGGUUCUCCCCUUCUCCGCCUGAAGACCAAGAAUUAAAACCGUGUAUGUACACCCAUCUGGGAUGCUGGGUUAAAGUGCCAAUAUAUUUGGUAGAUCUGCACGAAUCUCGGUGUCAAUUCCGGCCUCACUUAGAAGAGGAAUACCUUCCCACGGACAUGGCCCACACCCAAGACGAUUUGGUCGAUUGCAUUUAUCGAGACAAGGGUUGUAAAGUGAGAACCCCAGGUUGGAGGGUUAUGAUCCACGCGCAACACUGCAACUACAAGGAUAGCCUGGACGAGAUCACCGACGCCCUCGAACAAACCGCGAUUUUGUGCGAAUACGAAGAGGAUCCCAAAGAAUUGGUCGAAUGCAGGUACAGAAAAUACGGUUGCAUGGUGAACAUGCGUAGAAGGCGGAAACCUGUGCACGAGGCGAAAUGCAACUACCGGAAAUACCACACGGAGAGCGAUGACUCCUCGUCUGAGGGCGAGUACGAUCCUGACGAACAGGUUUCGUGCAAGUGGGCCGAAUAUGGUUGCAGGGUGAGGCCGAGGCACAGCCGUUUGGAGACGCACGAACAAAAAUGCAAUUACAGAAUGGAGGAGUGCGCUUACAAGGAUAACGGGUGUAUCGCCACUUUUCAACCGUCUAGAAGAUACGCCCACGAGAGAAAUUGCGAAUUCGCUUGUUAAAUUUUCUAAUGGGAUUCGAGAGGAAGAU